ACAUUCCUCUGCCUCGCCACACUUGGGUUGGUGAGUCUAUCUUUUAUCAUUCCCUUGCUCACUAACUCAACUUUAAGUCCAAACGGCAGCUAUUUUUCAUCUUUUCCCAAGUUUCUGUUAUUUUUCUGGAACAUGAGUCAACAGGCAAAAACAGAGCCGUCACACGGGGGGUACAGCAGGUGUGGCCCCGGGUACCCGUUGAGAAAAUGGUGGCUGUCCAGUCGGCUUUUCAAUCAGGAUGUUGGCCUGCCGCCUUUCCUGGAGCCUGGAGUUCCUUGGUGGAGGAAUAUAGACUGGUUCCAGAGGAGUUUGGCAACCUCGGCUUGGCCAGGGUACAUACCUGCUCCACUGUAUGUGCCCUACAUCUCUGGGUCGACGCAUCAGACCAGUCAGACGAUUAGUAAGGAGCCGUGCAAGUGGAGGGUCAUCCUGGACGUGGCUCACUUCUCCCCCUCUGAGAUUUCUCUCAGUGUCAAAGAUGGAUUCCUGGUGGUUGGAGGGAAGCAUGAGGAGAGACAAGAUGAGCACGGGUUUAUUGCCAGAUCUUUCACACGGAAGUACAGGCUCCCUGAUGAAAUCGAUGGCACCAAGAUCACGUCCACACUUUCUGUUGAUGGUAUCCUGACCAUGGAAGCUCCGGUUCCAGAGGCAUCGGUUCCUGCUGCCACUAUCAUUCCCAUUAAGUUGGAGAUGGAGGCAACGGGAGAACAGGAGGAGAAACGGGAGGAAGAAGAGACCCCUGAAAAAGACUCAGAUAGUAGCAGAGGAGCAGAAGCCACAGAUUGUGUAUGUGCAGAGGAUCAUGAGGUGGAGUCUCCACUAGAGGCCCACAGUGAUCAGGUCCAACCUGACAGUGCUACAGAUGAUCUCCAGCAACACGAGGAGAGGGGGGAGCAGGAGCAGCAGGAGGAGGAAAUCCACGCAAAGAUAGCCGGAGAAGCCCACCCUUCAGUGUCUGCAGAGAUCCUUCAAGAUUCCUCUAAGCAGCACGAAGACCUGGAAAACCAAGAAAACCCAGAUACAGACGUGUCCAAACAGCCAGAACACAAAGAACCAGCCACAAAUGGAGAGAUCCAGGUGAUGGAUCCAGAUCAUGGAUCAGCUGAGGCUGCUAAGGAGAUCAACUUGCCUGAGGAGCAGGAGCUGGGCAAAGGUCCACUGAGUGAAGUCACGAGCCAGGAGCUGGAGACUCCAGACAUAAAACAAGAAGAACACACUGAGUAGACAGAAACACAGUAUCGCUCAAACGCUGCACACAAUGCAUACAGAAAAAACAGCCUGCACAGCUUUCCUUGCAUCAUGGUCUACAGAUGCAUUUUAAUCAAUAAGCAGCCAAAUAACUAUUCCUGCCUUUGGAGCUCCAAUAAAGCAAAAAGCAUGUAACAAA